CAUUCGAGGCACUAAGCGACAGCGAUUUGAACGUGGAAACCCCAAGUUCAUGUAGCAGUCAUUUGCAGGCGCUAGAAGUGAACUCUUGUGAUUAUGAGCGGGAUAGCUGGAAACCAUGUUAGCAAACUUCAAAAUGGAAGUGAACAAAAAAUCGCUUUAAUAACAGGAAUAACUGGUCAGGAUGGCUCAUAUUUGGCAGAAUUGCUUUUGUCGAAAGGAUAUAUGGUUCACGGAAUUAUUAGGAGGUCCAGUUCGUUCAAUUUGGGAAGAAUUCAUCAUCUUUUUGAUGAUCAAAAAUCUCAUAAACAUGACAAUUUGAAGUUGCACUAUGGCGAUUUGACGGAUAGCACAAAUCUUGUUAAAAUUAUUUCAGAGAUUAAACCUGAUGAGAUAUAUAACUUGGGAGCAAUGAGUCACGUUAAGGUAUCAUUCGAACUAGCUGAUUAUACGGCUGAGGUUGAUGCUUUGGGAACGCUACGGAUAUUAGAUGCAAUCAAAACAUGUAACAUGGAAAAAACAAUUCGUUUUUAUCAGGCAUCUACAAGUGAAAUGUAUGGUAAAGUUCAGGAGACCCCACAGACAGAAAAAACACCAUUCUAUCCCAGGUCACCCUACGGUUGUGCAAAGUUGUACGCAUACUGGAUCACUGUGAACUUUAGAGAAGCUUAUAAUAUGUUUGCUUGCAACGGGAUAUUGUUCAACCAUGAAAGCCCAAGACGAGGUGAAACAUUUGUUACCAGAAAAGUCACUCGAACAGUGGCGAAAAUAAAGUUGGGAUUACAAGACGAGCUCCACAUGGGAAAUAUCAAUGCUGUGCGUGACUGGGGACACGCGAGAGACUUUGUCGAGGCAAUGUGGCUAAUGUUACAAAGUGAGAAACCAAGUGAUUAUGUCGUGGCUACGAACGAAGUUCACACCGUCAGAGAAUUAAUCGAGGUUUGCUUCAAACAAGUGGAAAUGCCCAUUGUUUGGGAAGGCAAGGGACUUGAUGAAGUUGGAAAAGAAAAAAAAACUGGGAUCAUCCGUGUUCGAAUCAAGGAAAAAUAUUUCAGACCUUCAGAAGUGGAAUAUUUACAAGGUAACCCUGAAAAGGCUUACAAGGAUUUGGGAUGGAAGCCAAAGAUCACCUUUCAUGCUCUAAUCAAGGAAAUGAUGGACAGUGAUAUUGAGCUUAUGAAGAGUGAUCCAACAGCUUGAGUAGAAUGUUUUUUAGACAUAUUAGAGGGAGGGUUUUGUAUAGUUAUUAGAAAUAUCUAUAUAUAUUUGAUGUUCUAUACAAUGUUCAUAGCCAAAACGAGGAGCUACGAGGUCCAAGACCAUUUUGUAAUUCAUGAAUUUAAAUAUAUUGAAUCGAAUUUUUUUUUGUAUGAAUUAACGCUUUUUUGCGAUAAGAGUUGGUUAGUUCUUGGAUUUGCGAACUUCUAAAACGAUCAGACUGAGACAAUCGUAUCGACCCUAAUCUGUGGUAAUGCUUUGACCAGCUUUGACCAACCACUCGGUAACCACUGACCAGCCA